CACCUCCUCCGAGACCCGCGCGCGGAGAAAGCAGAGCGAGGUGGUGGCGGCAGGGGCUAGGAAGCGCGGGGGCGCGGCGGCUCGGCCCUGGGCAGCCCCGGCCGGGCCGAGGAGCAAGCUCUCCCUGCUCCAGCUCUCAGCCCUCUGGGGACCUGUCCCCUGCCCUCUGUGCUGUACAUUGGACUCGGUGACACUCAGGAAAUGCUUGUCUCCUGCUGUUGAUGCAUCAUCUCCCAGUACUAUGGAUCAUGCUGAAGAAAAUGAAAUCCUCGCAGCAAGCCAGAGGUACUAUGUGGAAAGGCCUAUCUUUAGUCACCCAGUCCUCCAGGAAAGACUGCACAAGAAGGACAAGAUUUCGGAUUCCAUCGGGGAUAAGCUGAAACAGGCGUUCACAUGUACUCCUAAGAAGAUACGAAAUAUCAUUUAUAUGUUCCUGCCCAUAACAAAAUGGUUACCAGCAUAUAAGUUCAAAGAGUAUGUGUUGGGUGACCUGGUCUCAGGCAUAAGCACGGGGGUCCUUCAGCUUCCUCAAGGGUUAGCCUUUGCAAUGCUGGCUGCUGUGCCUCCCGUGUUUGGCCUGUACUCUUCAUUUUAUCCUGUUAUCAUGUAUUGUUUUUUUGGAACCUCCAGACACGUAUCCAUAGGUCCAUUUGCUGUGAUUAGCCUGAUGAUUGGCGGCGUGGCAGUCCGAUUAGUACCAGAUGAUAUCGUCAUCCCAGGAGGAGUAAAUGCAACCAACGGCACGGAAGCAAGAGAUGCCUUGAGGGUGAAAGUCGCCAUGUCUGUGACCUUACUUUCGGGAAUCAUCCAGUUUUGCCUAGGUGUCUGUAGGUUCGGAUUUGUGGCCAUCUAUCUCACCGAGCCCCUGGUCCGGGGCUUUACCACAGCGGCAGCUGUGCACGUCUUCACCUCCAUGUUGAAGUACCUGUUUGGAGUGAAAACAAAGCGGUACAGUGGGAUCUUUUCAGUGGUGUAUAGUACAGUUGCUGUGUUGCAGAAUGUUAAAAACCUCAACGUGUGUUCUCUAGGCGUCGGGCUGAUGGUUUUUGGUUUGCUGUUGGGUGGCAAGGAGUUUAAUGAGAGAUUUAAAGAGAAAUUGCCGGCACCCAUUCCUUUAGAGUUCUUUGCGGUGGUGAUGGGGACUGGCAUUUCAGCUGGGUUUAACCUGAAAGAAUCGUACAACGUGGAUGUCGUUGGGACACUUCCUCUGGGGCUACUGCCUCCUGCCAACCCGGACACCAGCCUCUUCCACCUCGUGUACGUGGAUGCCAUUGCCAUAGCCAUUGUUGGCUUUUCGGUGACCAUCUCAAUGGCCAAGACCUUGGCAAAUAAACAUGGCUACCAGGUUGAUGGCAAUCAGGAGCUCAUUGCCCUGGGACUGUGCAAUUCCAUUGGCUCACUCUUCCAGACUUUCUCCAUUUCAUGCUCCUUGUCUCGAAGCCUUGUUCAGGAGGGAACUGGAGGGAAGACACAGCUUGCAGGUUGUUUGGCCUCACUAAUGAUUCUGCUGGUCAUAUUAGCCACCGGAUUCCUCUUUGAAUCAUUACCCCAGGCUGUGCUGUCGGCCAUUGUGAUCGUCAACCUGAAAGGAAUGUUUAUGCAAUUCGCAGAUCUCCCGUUUUUCUGGAGAACGAGCAAAAUAGAAUUGACCAUCUGGCUUACCACUUUUGUUUCCUCCUUGUUCCUGGGAUUGGACUAUGGUUUGAUUACAGCUGUGAUCAUAGCUCUGCUGACUGUGAUUUACAGAACACAGAGUCCCAGCUACAAAGUCCUUGGACAGCUUCCUGACACUGAUGUGUAUAUCGAUAUCGACGCAUAUGAAGAGGUGAAAGAAAUUCCUGGAAUAAAAAUAUUCCAAAUAAAUGCCCCAAUUUAUUAUGCAAAUAGCGACUUAUAUAGCAGUGCUUUGAAAAGAAAGACGGGAGUGAACCCAGCACUCAUAAUGGGAGCGAGAAGAAAGGCCAUGAAGAAGUAUGCUAAGGAAGUUGGAAAUGCAAAUGUGGCCAACGCAACCGUUGUCAAAGUGGACGCAGAAGUAGACGGAGAAGAUGCCACAAAGCCUGAAGAAGAGAAUGAUGAAGUAAAAUAUCCCCCGAUAGUCAUCAAGAACACAUUCCCUGAGGAACUGCAACGAUUUAUGCCCCCCGGGGAGAACAUUCACACCGUCAUUCUGGAUUUCACGCAGGUCAACUUUAUUGACUCUGUUGGCGUGAAAACCCUGGCUGGGAUUGUUAAAGAAUAUGGAGAUGUCGGUAUUUAUGUGUAUUUAGCAGGAUGCAGCGCCCAAGUUAUAAACGACCUCACUCAGAAUCGAUUUUUUGAGAACCCGGCCUUGAAGGAGCUUCUGUUCCACAGCAUUCACGAUGCGGUGCUCGGCAGCCAGCUUCGGGAAGCCCUCGCUGAGCAGGAGGCCUCGGCUCUCCCUCCCCAGGAGGACUCGGAGCCCAACGCCACGGCCGAAGCAUAGAUGAAGAACUCGGCUGGGAUGGGAGAAAGGAGGUGCCUGCCUCCAAAGGUACGUUUUGAGAAAAUGAGUCUGCCCUCACGUGUGCAUGAAGGAGAGGGUAACAAACGCAAAGAACCUGCCCUGGAGUGCGUAGGUGUGUUUUUCUGUUUUGGGGGGUGGGUGGGGUGGGCUUGCAUAUUCCCUUGUGAGAGGCUGAGGGAGAGGUAAGAUAGGGUAUGGGGUAGGUAGGGAAGGCUUUAUCUAUAAUGUCUGCCCCUUUAAAGAUAGUAAAUCAACUUAAAAUUUAAAAUCAAAUAACCUCCCUGGUGGGAGCCUAUGUGCUUUGAGUGCAAAAAUGCUGUUGGUCCAUUUUAGUGUAUCUUUCAGGAAUGUCUUGGGCAUUCACUAUGCUUAGAUUCUUGAUAAUACAAAUUGAGUGUUGGUAAGAGCUGGUUAGAGAACUGAUAAAAACACUGCCUUACGUCUCCAUAUAGCCAACCAAAAUGCAUGCGAUGGCUUUGAAACCCCUCAAAUCCCAACAUGUUCAAAUGCUUAGCCCUAUAGCAGGUAAUCUGCCGGUAUACUGACUUGGAUUUGAUCAAGUCUAAGCAUCUCAAAAAUCUAUCUUGCCUUUGAGAAAAAGCAUACCAGGAUUUUCACUUCACUUUAUGUGAUGAAUAAACCUGAGCUUUGAGGCAAUUGUUUUUAUAAAUCCAGUCACUUUUUAAAAUGUUGACAGAGUAAUUUUUUAAAGAUCACAACAGUAUUUUUCUAAAGUCAUCAACUUUGUAUUCUGAUUUAUCAGCUCCCCAAUACAUGUAGAACAUACAUGUGUGUCCAUAAACAUGUCUGUGGACUCAUAUGUACAUACAUUAGGUGGAGGGGGUUACUGGUGAAGUGUUCACUUUUCUCUUUUAAACUAGGGUACAAAGAUGCUAAUCAAGAUAGGGUUAAUGCUGUUGGGCAGAAACACCCAAAUUUUUCAAAUAAUUGUCAUUUUGAUGUGUGGCAUUAGAUUUUCAUCAUGUAACUGAGCUGUUAAGAUUCUCCAGAGCCUACAUGUUAGGCCUCAGUGAGUUCAACAUAGCCAGUUUGAGUAAUUCCACAUUGGUGCAUGAUGCUAGUAUGUGGCUCCCUGAAAAACUGGUCAGACUUCAAAUUCAAAGAGUGUGACGUAAAACAUUACCAAAACAUGUAUCUUCAUUUAUUUGAGUGUAUUUUAUUAUAAGCCUAACACCUAAAAAGGGCUUGCUGUUUCAUACCUCAUGAAAGACCAGGGCAGGCUUAGAAAAAUUGUUCUGAUCCAUUUCACAAAAAAGAAAAAGAAAAGAAUCCUGGUUAGAUUUAAUGAAUGAAGGGCUUUCGUUCUUCUCUUUGAAAACUUUCAUAUUUUAAAUAUUUCAAUACAACUUUUAAAGCAUUUUCUAUGUCGUCACUUUUUUCUUCUGUGAAUUAAAAUGUAUCGAGUUCUUGCUAUUUUGCAUUACUUUUUUAUGACUAAACUGCAAUAAAAACAUUCUUU